AUGCAUGAGCUCGGAUCUGAAGGACGAAGAGAAGUUCAUCGAAUGAAGAAGGAUGGGAAGAACAUUCCAAUUGUUUAUGAAAAUAUAACAACUCAAGAAAUGAGUACGACUCUUUCUCAGCAAAGAGAUGUGACAACUCCAUCCCAAGUUACUGGACUAAAACCGCAAGAGACACUAUAUUCUUCUACAAUGAUGUUUAAAAGCAUGCCUGUAUUUGCAACUGAUUAUGCAACCGUAUCAUAUUCCAAUACAACGUCUCCACUUCUGGAAACAGUGACUGCCCCCAAAUUAUUAAGGACAUCCGUAGCGGGGACUGCUAGAUUCACGGCAGACAGUUUGUCAACUUCAGCAGCCAUCACUCUGCCUACCAAGGGUACCUCCACAGGCGCUACCGCCAAUUCCGUGAAAAGAACUAAAUCCCCAUCUUCAGAGAGCAUCGGGACAACGAAAAUGGCCGAAGCCAUUGCUACUGAGACAUUUCCUCAAACUGCAGCUACUAAUUUUCCGUACACAUCUGGAUUUACCAAGGAUUCAAUUAUACCCAACACUUCAGUGACUGGAUCUCAGUCGGCCAUUAUGAAGACAACAUCUGUAUUCUCAUCUGUUGAGUCAACACCCGUAUCUACAACACCUUGGCCCAAGCAGAAAUCCACAGGUAUUGAGGCACUUUCUAUCUUCACAGCUAGCCAGCAGUUUCUUACAUCUACAGAUGCUGGAACAGUGCCUCGGUCCACGGUGGAACAGACUUCGGCUACAGCUACUCAUGUUGGGACUGUAUCCACAUUCCCACCCGGGUCUGUGCUCAUCUCCACAGUUGCUCCAGUGCAUUCUGUAUUUCCUAGAAAUCAGACAGCAUCGACACUGGCAAUAACUGACACAGAAAUAACAUCUACAGUUCAUUCAAAACCACUCCCAACGAGGCCCGUUGAGAUGAUGCCUGUGCUAAGAACAGCUGAGGCAGAAUUGACAUCUAUAGAUUUCCAGGACGUCUCUUCACCCAGAGUGGAGGAUACGAUAUCUACUUUCAUACCAGAAAAGGCCUCUUCUAUGGCCCUUUCUUUCGGGACAUCCUCUCCAUUCACCGGAGCUCAGGAUGUACAGACAGUUAGUGAUGCUGAGACGACGCAUCCGGCCCCGACUCCUGGAGUCACGCCUGCCGCCACGGUGGCUGAAACUGUGCGUCCCCCCACAACACCUGGGCCGACACAUACCCAGAAUACACCCACAGAUGGUGGAAACAUGCCCUCUUUGAAUUCUACUAGAUCAGCUUCCACAGUCAAGGCGUAUGAGUCUGGUCCCACAUCCAUAACUGAUGAUGGUGCCCAACUACUCUCCACCGGUGAAGCCACUUGGGCCUCCAGGCCAGACCAGACCCUGCCGACACUAGCAUUCCAUGGGAGUGCUUCUAAUGCAGAACGUUCGUCCACAACUAGUCCUAUUGGUAUCCCACCAGAAGCACCCUCAGAAAGUGAGGCUACCCCUGUCGCCGAUGCUAUUAUUACCGCUGAUGGUACCACAGGCAGAUACACAACAGCUCUAUCCAACUCGACAGCUUCGUGGUUGUUUGCUAACUUCUCCACAGUUUCAAGACCCGCGUCUGUAACCACACUGCCUGAGUUUAAACUUACCACCUUCCUACAAAAAACUACCCCUAUGUCUACAGCAGCUGGAAGUGAGGUUCUUUCAACGCCAAGGGAGACAGUUGCUCCCCCAGUAGAUGCAUCUACCGUUGCUGACACUGAACCGAAUUUUUCUACUGAGGAGAGCGCUUCUGAGACCGUCCUAACAGAGACAAGUGGUGCGAUUGCAUGUGGAGGGACAACGGCCCCCGUAGCAGAGUCUGCAAAAACACAAAGAUAUGAGGCUACUGUGACAAGGAAAGAAACAACUGCCCAUUGUCUUGAGGGAAAAUCAACUAUAGCAGUGACAACUGAGCGUUCUCCGUCUGCAACAAUGCCGGAAGCAACGGAUGAAUCUGCACAAAGGGUAACAGCUUCUGUCGCCAUUUCCCCUUUUCCCGAUAUAGAAAAGUUGACUACCCCAUUGGAGAACAGAACUGCAACUACUGAGGUGAGAGGAAGUUGGCUUUCUACAAAAUCGAUGAAGACCACACCUAAGAGUUCAUAUGAUGGGACCACAGAAAUCUUUCAUUCCACCCACACCUACACAGCACAUUGGACUUCAGAGGCUCCGCCUGAGGGGAAUCCAACCCCAUCUCCCAUUUCUGGGAGCGCACAGACAUUCCCUGAACUCUUGGGCGCUUCCACCAGAAGGAUUUUGGGGACCAGUCUUGCCACUAUCCCUACAGGCAUGAUAGCUAUGUCCUUGCCUGCUGGCAUCUUGCCUCCGCGGCCUACAGCUACCCAUUCCUCAGCAACCCCUGUGCCAUCGGCUCCUGCGACCACAGCAUCAGUGUCACCUUUGGGUCAGACUGCUUCGGCAACCAGCCACGGCAUGCCUACACACGGACGCUCGAUUCACACCACUUCAGAAGCCACAGUGAUCUCCGUCGGUAAAACACCUGCGACAGUCCUCUCUCUGACAGAACGUCCAGUCUCCUCGUGGAGACCUCCCACUCCCGUGGCAACUAAGGCUGAGACCACCCAUCGCCUCACCUCGGCUGACACAGUAACCCCAUUUACACCCGCUCUUGUCUGCUCUAAGUCUGUCUCUGACAACAUUCCUGUUGUGUCCUCCACCCGUGUGAUCUCAACUCGGUUUACACCAGUGACGACCCGACCUGUAUCUCAAGUGGAGGAGACUUCCACCCACGCUCUCAGCUUCCUGCACACUCUCAGCAGUAGUGGGGAUGUUGUUAGCUUGGCGACCGGCACCACAGAAACCUCUGUUGUUGACGAGACCAUGUCCUCAGACACGUCUGCCCAUAAGGCUAGUACUUCAGUAGAUGAUCACAUUUCUCAGUCUUCAGCGCAUCUUGGAAACACACUGGUCCCCACCCUAUUAGUGACUGACGUUUCUACCUUGCCUUCUGACAAAGAGCAGAUGACCACGUCCCUGGGAAACGCCUCUAGAACUAUGGAGGUGACAGAAAUGUCCCCAGCAGAGAAUCCUUUUAUUUCAGACUCCCAGAGUACUUCAUCCUUGGAAAUGACAGAUACAGGAGCUGCUGAGAGCCCAGCAAUUUCCACCCAUCAAACACGUUCACCUUCAGACUUCCCACCUGGAACUCCACCUGACAGGAUUGCAGCUUCACCUCCCGCUUCUGGGACUAUACAGACUACAUCUACCUCUCUCUCAAGCCACACAGGAGAUGCUCACAUCCCAGAAAUGUCUACCGUCACUUCCGGGACAACCAGAGUAUCGAAUCCUGUAGACAUCAACACAUCUCUUUCAAACUUGCUUCCCCCUAAGACUCAAACGGAGCUGACUUCAGGCGCCUCUCCCGUUUCUGAAAGCACACAGACCUCCCCUGAGUUCCUGUCUCUUUCUACAACUGGACCAUCUGGUGCCACUGUUACACUCGUCUCUACUGAUGGGGUCACUACAGCCCUUUCUGCUCCAAAUGUACCAACGGUACUUCUUGGGAAAACCUCUAUGGCAACGUCCAUUCCUACCUACCGGAUGUCCUCACUGCCAGUUGGCGUCACUGCCUUUGCCUCCAAAAGAGUUUCUGCAACUCCCACGACACUAGUAACUAACUCUUCUAAAACAACACACCCAGAUUGUCCGAAAAGUCCCUCCACAGCCACUUCCGUGCCUAUGUCUGAGAUGUCCUCAAUGUCAGUGAGUGGCUCUGCUUUCUCACCUCCAGCUGCCUCUUUUGACACUUCCGCAGCAGCUGGGUCGUUCUCUUCAUUAUUGUCUUCGAUUACCCCUAGGACUACCGUGACCGUACCGGCAUCUACACUGGAUGUCGCACCCAGGCCUGCUUCAAAAAGCACGCUGUUUUCCUCUGCUUUCGUUACUUCAGAAGUGACAGAGGUGUCCUCCAGGAUCACUCCUACAUCCUCUUCCUCUCCGACAGAGUCAACUUUUCCCUCCGUGAAAACCAUCCCAACCACUAUCGUGGCGGGGAUAGCACCUCCAUCUGUAGGCACCACUGCCUCCUCUCUACUCAGUUCUAGGAACACGGAAGCGAUUUCUUCCAUUCCAAAGACCACAUUUUCACCCUUUCUAGCAACAACCCAUCAGUCAUCACAAAAUGAGACGGCAACUCUGGGCAUAUUACCUGGGACUACCAAGGACUCCCUGUCUCCUGUAAGCAGUAGUACAGUAACAGCUCUCACGAAUACCUCUUCUGGAACUGAUGCCCUGGAAAGUGUGUUUUCAUCUACUCCGUCAGGUCAUCCCCAUACUUCCUCGAGUAUUCAGGUGUCCCCGUCUUUCACUAGCUUUAAGAGCACUCCUGGACACACAAAAAGGGUCAAAGCCACCACUUACCUUUCUUCAAACACAGAAAAGAAGACCUCCUGGUCAGAAAAUACUUCAACAGCUGAGCCAACAAAAGGUGCCACAUCUGUGAAGACCCCUGUUUCGUACUCUCCGUGGACUCCAUCCAUUGCAACUCCACCCUCUUUGACAUCACUUCUUUUUUCACCUCAUCGUACAGAAGCCAAAUUCUCCACUCCAAAGACUUUUCUUCCUCUGACAUCCCAAAUGGUUGAAUUUCCAGUUCUGGGAACAAGAACCACACCUAGUAACACCCAACCUCUGCUUAUGACUUCCUGGAACGCACCCACAGCUAAAGGUUCUCAAUUUCCAAUUUUUACCCGUACUCACGUACCUACACCCCACAAGACGGAAACGGAGAUUCCAUACCUUGUUCCUGGGUCUUUGUCAACAUUUGCAGCCCCUCAGACUGGUCUUAUAUCUGGAGAUGUUACGGCAAAGCCAUCGAUUUCCACGUCAGGAUUUCUUCCCACCUUGGGGAUGUCUGACAGCCCUUCAUCAAUAUCUUCAAGAUCUACCCCUAUCACUUUGGCUGAUACUAAGCACACGUUUGAGAAAACAGCGACAUCCGUAACUCUUGGGACCACACUCCCAUCGAAUCAUUCUGGUGCUACUUCAGGAUCCAUACUUUCAAAGGCUACUAGUUCACCCACGCUGGCUUGGAUUUUAUCCACUCUCCCUUCGGGUUCUCCACUGUCAACUGUAUCCAGUACUCCUCACAUUGUAACUUCUUCUACAGUAAAGCUGUCAGAGUCCACAUCUCUGACUUCUGACAGGACGUCGACACGCUCGUUCACUAACUUUACAACACCAUCCUUUGCUGCUGUACGCACCGCACUCCCCGAAAGCACCCCUACGCCUGCAGUGGGCAGCAUCAGCACUGGCUUCCCAACUUCUCUCCCUGUGUCUGUUAAACUCACAGAUAACAGCCUAUACGCUUCCAAAUCCCCUGAGGCAUCUUCCAGAACCACUGCGACUGCCCACUCCAAGACUGUGUCUCAACCUCUACCCUCUAGCAAAAUGAGUAGCUCACCUCCCGCAGCUGACCACACCCGGUCUAUUAGUUCCAUGCUUCUGCCCGGCCACGCCGUGACAUCUGCCUGGAGCAGAAUCCCAGCUGUAUCAGCAUCCUCUACACUGGACUCCCUUCCAGAUAUAACUGCCAAUACAUCUACUGCUACUGGAGGCUCACUUCCACUCACAUCCACUGGAGUAACACCCCUUCCUCCAGCAACUGUGCCUUCACUACUCUCUUCCUCUCCUGAGACAAUCUGGCUAGACUCCACACCUUCUUUUAGGUCUAUGGAAACCUCGACUUCACUUAUUGCCACUGAGUCCACAGGUCUGUUCUAGAAUAUGUGCAGCGUAUCGCUGACAGCAUACAUGGGCACUGGGUCAUGUGUCCUCUAAGGUGGCCGUUCCCUGAAGGCAGAAAAGGAUAAAGAAGGGUACAGGUGUUUCUGCUCUCCUUCAGACAGUGGGUGCAGGGGGCAGCUGGCUGGCUCGGUCGGUGGAGCAUGUGACUCUUGAUCUCAGGGUUGUGAGUUCGAACCCCACACUGGGUGUGGAAAUUGCUAUAAAAAGACAGUGGGUACAGUGGUACCUUGUCCAAACACAGAAUUCUCUAGCCAUCUUGCUUAUCUUUGCUUUAUUGAAAUAUAGUGCAAAUGUAUCUUUUCAUUCGGUAUGACCUCUCUAAGCAUGCUUUCCAUCCAUUCUGUUCCUGAUACUCUGUCUCUGCCAAUGUGAACAUCAUCAGGAACUUCACGCUCUCCCAGUGUAGAAUUAUAUGGCCUUAGGUCUGACAUGAUGACUGCAAACCAUCCAAUUCCAGGAGAUAUUCUAGCCUGCCUUUUUAAAUUCCUCUUACAUAGGCCUCAGCUUCUCCAGUCUCCACCUCCAGCUGGCUUGGAAUGCUUAUCUAUGGCCAGGGAGUAUUUGGCUUCCAUAUCA